CGACAUAACAGCACCUUACGACACCUGAUACUCCUGCAUAUUAACAGGAUGUCGGUCAUUGUCUCACGCUCAUCAACUUAGAUAUCCCUGUGGAUAUACCACUGGAAUUCAUGGAUUGCGGGUGAAUGUGUAAACGCAGUCUGCUUGCAUUCGCUAUAAGUAGACGCCGCCAUGCGUUCACAGUAAGUGGCUUCGAAUCUAAACUAUCUUGAUCGUUGCCUAGGUAAAGAUUUUACUGUGAACAUGUCGUUCCUGAGAAUACCAAAUCCUGUCUUAUUUCUCCCUAUAUUAGGGUGCCUAACAUACCCAGCUUCUGGGGAGCAAGCGUGCGAAGCAUCUUCAUUCCAGGAUUUGGAGCUAUACGGCAGUCAAAUUCUCAACAUCACAACAAAGACACACAUCAACCUGUCAUUUGAAGCUCCCGCUGACCAAAAUCAUUACGCUGUCACUGUGAACGGCCUGAACGCUUGCGAAGUCACUAUUACAUACACACAUCCCGGGUAUAACGACACGAUCAACACCGUCAUCUGGCUGCCUUCCACUGAAAACUGGACUGGAAGGCUUCUAGGAGCUGGUGGUGGGGGUUGGGCGACAGGACCUGAAACUAAUACCACGCUUCUAUGGGCAGCUAGCGAGGGGUUUGUUGCCAUUGCGACGGAUGGAGGUCACAUCGGUAAUGACAUAAGCUGGUCGCUAGUCAGUCCUGGCAAUGUCAAUUGGGUAUUGUUGGAAGAUCUAUCCUCGGUUGCGCUAGAUGAUCUCGCCACGCUUGGGAAGGCGGUCGCGCAUUCCUACUACGGUAGAGUACCAAGCUACAGCUACUGGAACGGAUGUUCCCAGGGUGGCAGGCAAGGUUAUAUGAUGGCUCAGAGGUAUCCAAAUCAAUAUGACGGUAUCCUGGCAACUGCUCCAGCCAUAUACUGGAACGAGUUGAUGAUGCAACUCAUCUGGCCGCAGGUCGUCAUGAACGAGAAUGGAUUUCCGUCCCCACAGGAGUUUGAGGCUAUAAAUGUUGCUGCCACCGAAGCCUGCGAUGGACUAGAUGGACUAAAGGAUGGCAUUAUCUCGUUACCCCAAGAAUGCACUUUUGACCCGAUGACCGUUGUUGGCAGACAACACAUUUGUCCGUCUACGAACCAGAGCAUGACGAUCACAACCACUGUAGCCACGGUCGCCAAGAUGAUAUGGCAGGGUGCCACGACAACCGAAGGCCGUUUUCUUUGGUACGCCGGCAACAUCGGUGCUACAUUUGCUGGCCUCGCUUCAACAACGUGUAAGAGCAACAAUACAUGUGUCGGUGUACCGUUCACCGUCCCCCAGACUUGGAUUACCGACUUUGUUCUGCGGGAUCGUGAGUACGAUACUGGAGGACUUAACAUCUCGUAUUUCGAAGAGCUCUUCUACCAAGCUGUGGACCGUUAUGAUUCCAUCAUCGGAACGGCGAACUCGAACCUCGAUGGAUUUCGCAAAGCGGGUGGCAAGCUUCUCUCAUGGCACGGACUUGCUGAUCAGGCCAUCGCGCCUGACGCGACUGCGCACUACGCGCAGCAGGUCAACGAGCGUGACGCGAAUGCUAGCGAUUACUAUCGAUACUUCGAGGCGCCAGGUGUCGAUCAUUGCGGCGGUGGGCUGGGUUGGUAUCCUGGAGAUGGUCUUAAGGCUCUCAUUGACUGGGUAGAGAUGGGUGUGGCACCCGACACGCUCGAGGCAAAGACGACAGCGGGUAGGAAAGCGGAACUUUGCUUGUGGCCGAAGCACUUGAUGUAUGUGACUGGAAAUCCCGAUGAGGCAGCAUCGUUCGAAUGUCGAUAGGGAGUGGUUGCCGGUCACUUGCAAUACGGACAUACUAUGACUACAUUUUCGAGCGUAUAUGAGCAUCGUGCCAUUUCCUAUUCAGUCAACAACUGCAUACUGUUCCUCUAUGAUCCGAGUGGACCGUAGCCGGGCCAAUCAGGUUUUCCAGAUGUUGAACACGAUGGGCGUAGCGCGAGGCUGAGCAUUGGGGAUGC